CUUCUCCUAUUGCAGACUCUCUUGUAUACUCAUUCAAGACUCCUUUAACUCUCUGCUUCUCCCCCACACCCCAAACCCCACCCCAUCCCCACAUCCCCUCUUUCAUGGAAACUCCCCAUCGCUGCUCUGUCAUCAUAGUCGGAGCCGGCAUCUCAGGUUUAACGGCGGCGAAGGUAUUGUCGGAGAAUGGAGUGGAUGAUGUGAUGAUAUUGGAAGCGUCUGAUAAGAUAGGUGGCAGGAUAAGGAAGGAGGAAUUCGGCGGAGUAACGGUGGAACUCGGCGCCGGUUGGAUCGCCGGCGUCGGUGGUGAACAGUCUAAUCCUGUCUGGGAACUUGCCCUUCAGUCUAAUCUCCGUACUUGCUUCUCUGAUUACAGUAAUGCCCGUUACAAUAUCUAUGAUCACAGUGGUAAGAUUUUUCCUAGUGGAAUAGCGGCGGACUCGUACAAGAAAGCGGUGGACUCGGCAAUUCAGAAACUCAGAAGCCAAGAAGGAAACAACAACCUUGAAUCCUCUGCUGAGACGCCGUCUACUCCAAAAACACCAAUAGAGCUGGCGAUUGACUUCAUUCUCCAUGAUUUUGAAAUGGCAGAGGUUGAGCCAAUAUCAACAUAUGUGGAUUUUGGAGAAAGAGAAUUUCUAGUUGCUGAUGAAAGAGGGUAUGAGCAUUUGCUUUAUAAAAUGGCAGAAAACUUUCUUUUUACCUCUGAGGGUAAAAUUAUGGACAGCCGUCUCAAGCUCAACACGGUUGUUCGGGAAGUGCAGCACUCGAGAAACGGCGUCUUGGUGUCAACAGAAGAUGGUUCCCUUUACGAAGCCAAUUACGUGAUUUUGUCUGUUAGCAUUGGUGUUCUCCAAAGCAACCUCAUUUCCUUCACGCCCCCCUUACCUAGAUGGAAGAUGGAAGCCAUCCGAAACUUGGAUGUGAUGGUUUAUACAAAGAUCUUUCUCAAAUUCCCUUAUAAGUUUUGGCCUUGUGAACCUGAGAAGGAGUUCUUCAUCUACGCCCACGAGCGAAGAGGCUACUAUACUUUCUGGCAGCACAUGGAGAAUGCUUACCCAGGCUCCAAUAUCCUGGUGGUAACCUUGACAAAUGGUGAGUCGAAACGUGUGGAAGCUCAAUCUGAUCAAGAAACAUUACGAGAAGCAAUGGAAGUGUUAAGAAACAUGUUUGGGCCUGACAUUCCCGAUGCCACUGACAUAUUAAUCCCACGCUGGUGGAAUAAUCGAUUUCAGCGUGGCAGCUACAGUAAUUAUCCCAUAUAUGUAAAUCAUCAACUCGUCCAUGAUAUUAAGGAACCAGUAGGGCGGAUAUUUUUCACAGGAGAACACACAAGCGAAAAAUUUAGUGGCUAUGUCCAUGGAGGUUACCUUUCAGGUAUAGACACUACCAAUGCUUUACUUGAAGAAAUGAGAAAAGAUGAUGGAAGGAAGAAUGAGAGUCAAGCUUUUCUGUUAGAACCACUGCUAGCAUUAACCGGAUCUUUGACAUUGACACAAGCUGAGACUGUCUCAAACCUCCACAAAUGUGAUAUUCCGCGACAACUCUUCCUUAGUAACAGCAAAUUGGGACUUCCAGAGGCUAUAUUAUGACUAAAUGAAGCUCUGGAUAAAACUUACUCUGACAGACCUUGCUAUCCAAGCUCCAUUAAACUCGGUUUGCUGGACUCGGGCAACAAAACAGUACAUAAGGAACUUGGCAAGGUUGCACAUAUGCAAUUCCUCUCCUUAAAAAAGGAUAUUAGAUGGUCUCCAGGAAAUUCAUUGCAGAUACAUACAUUUGUUAUUAGAAGUAAAAUCAUAGUAGAAAGGUAUCAUGGGUGACAAAUGCAGUUCUAAUGAUAUUCAAUACAAAAGAUAACUAUGUUCAGUUGAUUUUCAAUUGCGUUUCUUCUGUUCAUCGAUUAUUUCUUAUUUAAUUUGGAACUUUAGUAUAUCAGUAUAUGACUUUUGAUAUUGUCCAUUGA